UUUUUUUUUGUCUUUAUUCUCUUUUCUUCAUCUCCCGUUCGCUCCCUUUCCUUUCUCCUUCUUCGCCACUUGGUCUUAAUAAACUUACAUCAUGAGCUCUCACGAUGCUGAUGCCUCUAUUGUCAAGAAAUAUGAACAACUCAAGAAACGUGUAUAUGAAAUGGAGCAGGAUAACAACGAUAUACAUUCAAAGUUAGUAAGGGCACAGAAACAUGUCAAAAGGUUACGGAUGGAACGCCUUAUAUUAUUGGAACAACUUGACGAAUAUUAUACUUCUCACAAAGGUCAUAUGGAAACUAGUGAUAGUGAUGUCUCUGAUGCUUCUGGUGUUGAAUCUCUUCUGUCGGAUACACGAAUUAAACAUCAUAAGAAGAAACGUGGUCGUCAUAGUGAUAAAGGUCAUAAAAAAGGAUUUGGUAAAUCUCAUGAUACACCUACGCCAGCUCGCAAGAAAAAGGAUCCAAAUGCUCCUAAAGGUCCAGGUAAUGUCUUCUUUUUAUAUUGUCGUAUGGAACGUGAAAAUUUCAAGGAUGAAUUACCAACCGAAAACCUGGGUGAAGUGACCCGCUUACUGGGCCAAAAAUGGAAAGCAAUGACAGAUGAUGAAAAAAAGAAAUAUUACGAUAUUUAUGACAGAGAACAAGAAGAAUAUCGAAAAGCCAUGAAAUCAUACAAGGAAGCUGGUGGUGGUGAUGCAGGACGUAUUGCUGUUUCUGAAAUGAACAAUACAGCCAAGACCGAAGAUUACGAAGUGGAUAUGAUGCAAGAUGGACAAAACGACGAUGAUAUUGAUGAUGAUGAUGAUGGUGACGAAGAAGACGAAGACGAAGACGAUGAUGAUGAUGAUGAUGACGAUGAUGAUGAUGAUGACGAUGUAGAAGAUGGCGGCUCAUUUAUGGAUGAUGUUAGUGUGGCCACUACAAAUGUAUCAACAAUAAACGACCCUUCCACAACACACAAUGGAUCUACUGUUCCUGUUACUUCUGUUACAGCUCCUCCUCCUACUUCAUCUGUACCUUCCCAUGCUACUACUUCAUCCCAACUUCCGGAUAUAUCAAUGACUAGCACCUCUGCCGCUUCAAAUAGCUCACCUCUUUAGUUUGUAUCCUUUAUCUUAGAUAUAUGACUCUUUUUUUUUGAUAUAUUGUUUUUCCUUCCUCCUACUACCCUUUUUUUUCGUUUUCUCUCUCUCUCUUUUUUUUUUUUUAUGUGUUCU